AUGUGGGUGAUGAAUAAAAGUUUUGAAUUGGUAUUUCAAUUUGAUAAAAAUAAUUCUAAUUAUCACCCUUUGUCAGCUAAUAAGGGAAUAUUCUACUUCUUGAAAUGGAUAAAUGGAGAGGUGGAAUUUUAUAGUGCAUCUUUGGAGUGUCAUGAAGAACAACAAGAAGAAGAGACAAUUGGCAAUAAAUCAAAAAUAUCAAAUGAUUUAUUGAAACUUCAACUAACCAACUUUGUCGAUGAAAUAAUUACAAACACCCCGAAGCCUGCUGAUGUACUACCGCAACUACAACAGAUGUUUCACAAUAUAGAUGAGAACAGGUUCCUUUGGACUACUGAUAGAAUAUUUCUCUUGGAGCAGUCAUCUUAUUGGCCAAAAAUUGGUUUAAAGUUUCUUGCUUCAAUCAUUGAAGUACUUGAGACUUCCAUCAGGACUGUUUAUAUAAGAUCUAUCUCUAUCGAUGAUUUGGAUAAACUCCAGGAUCAUAUAAUUUACAUAUCAGAACUCAAAGAAAAAUACAAAAUCAACAUGCUACUCAGUGAAUUCAGCUCUCAGAGUCCUUCGGAAAUAGCUCUUAUAAUGUUGCGUCGUUGUUAUACAGAAGAUUUGGAAGCGUUUGUGUCUGAGAGUUUGCCGAAAUAUGUCUCACGACAUUUACUAGACAUGGAUGAGACUUUGAGAUCUUUCAUAGAGAGUGAAGCUGCGAGCAGCGGCGGCAGCAUCGACGGACCGCGCCUCAAGAUCUUACUGAGUGCGUUCAGAGCACCUUGCAACAAAUUAAAUUGUUUACUAAAUGUGCUAAAAAUAUUAGACGUACCGUGGGAUACCACAGUACUCACUAUAGCUACUGAAGCGGCUUCCUUAGUGAACAAAGAUUUUACUAUUACCGAAUCCGAUCGUGUAAUUGCACAAGAGAUAUACAAGGAAUUGAACUAUGCCAAAAUUAAAGUUAUUUUAAAAAAAUACAAUUUUCCCCUCACGUGUACAGAUUACAGGCUUGUAUUGCAUAAGGUCAUAAGUGCUCAAACAGUUGAUUUGGAGGACCUAGAAAUAUUCACAAAUAUACUAACGAACUACACUGGUUAUGCGUGUAUUUUGUAUAUAGACAGAUGUCUUCAAGAUUGUGAUACGAAAAAAGCACUGAUUUAUUUCAAGAAUAUUAAUAAUCGUAAUAAAAGAAUGAUCGUAAAAGCAAUUUUAACAAAAUUUGAACAAAUUAUUGCCAAUGGAAAAGUGAAUCAACUAUUGGAAAGAAAUUACAUCGAUUUUCUAAAAGGAACACAACUUCUAAAUAUAAUACAAAUCAAUUCAAUCGAAAAUUUAUACCAUCUCAAAAAUUCGUAUAACAUCAAGUUAAAUUUAAAUGAAAUUAAUAGUAGCAGUUUUAAGGAGAGCACAUUACAAAGUUUAAAAGAUAAUGAAGAAAUAUUAUCAUCCAGUUUAGGUCGCGGAAGGUGCGUUUCCCAACUUCUUGGUAAAGAUUUAUCAAGAAAAUCCCAAUUAAUCCGUUUAUUACAAGGAAUAUCUUCCAGUCGAACCAUACGGAUGCAUGUUGAAUCUUUAAUGUUAUGUGAUGAAAAUGAAACAUCCGUCCUUCUCAAAUAUAAAGAUGGACAAAAUAGUAACAUUUUAUUGGAAUCCCACAAUAUUCUGUCAGAGGUCUCCAUAAACUGUAAUGAAGAAAACAUUCACGAAGUACUAAAAAGUCUUUCAAAAUUGAAUGCCUUGAUAAAUGCAAGUACAAUUCUUAAAAACCUCUCAGUUGCUUGGAAGUUUCAAUAUAUAUUUUUACCUAUGUCUACAAUCCACGCCCUGAAUGAUUUGAUCAACAUCUAUACUAUUUCGUCGCAAAUGAUUUCAGUAGAAGAUUUUUUGCAUAUUGCUUCUAAAGGAGAGUUUAUAAUAUUUAGAAUAAUUGCAAAUAUGAUACAAAAAUCACUUGGAACCAAUGCGACGUUAUGUGAUAAGAUUGUUAAAGCGAGGGAUAAGGUUACAAAAAGAAUGUUAGCUAAGAUUGUUUCCUUACAAGACCUGGAUCAAGUGUUAAUUACUUCCUUUCUACUUACCCUUAGAAAUACGGCAUUUGAAGACAAAAUGUGGAUUCUGGAACUUCUUAAAGGCCAAUCAGAUUCUCUUUCACCAUCUGCGAUGCACUAUCUUUCUUCUCCGUCUAUCCGUCGUAUUUUUGCUAUUGAUGAUAUUUUACCUGGAAAUAGUAUGUCUUAUCCUCCACAAUACAUACUAAAGUCCAAGUUUAACAUCAAUUUAUCUGAAGUAGCUCUCCCAGAAAACGAGGAAACAUGGGACGUACAAAUCCUACUUUUCUAUAUUUUGCGAAGAUAUCCUAAUAUUAAUUUCACUCGUCUCAUAGAGUUAUGUCAAACUUUAAAUAUAAAUCCAAAUGAGGGACUCUCUCUAUUAUUGAUAUGUGUAUUGUCAACUUGGGAUCUCAAGUACAAAAUAUAUGAAAACGAAUUAGGCUAUCGUCAAAUACUCACUGAGCAUGAUCAAACGCAAUUAAUGUCACAAUGUUUUGUUAUUUGGCACAGUAUAAAAGACAAGGAUUUAAUAAGAAAAAUUUUCAACGACUUAUGGAAGACCGGUGAAGCUUUAGUACAUGGUUGUCACGUGUCUAUUAAUCCUUAUUUUUAUGAAAUAUAUAUAUGCAUCUACCACUUAGUCUUCAGUUCACCAACAGACACUAAAUAUUUAAAGAAAUAUUAUUUACUAAACUUUCUUAAAGGAUAUCAAAGAAGAAGCGUCCCUAAACAAUACGAAUUUGAACUUUUCUCAAUUAAAGGAAUUUUUCCAGAGAUAGGAUAUUAUCGCUUACCAUUUCACCUUUUCAUGCGGGAUGAUAUGUGGUCAAAUUUAAAAUCUGAAAUAACCUUAGAAACUUACGAGUCUUGGCUGCCUAUUGUUUCAUUACUGUCACUGGACGGUGAUUCACAGACGGCGAGGGAUAUGAUUUGCAGUAACGCUGUUAAACAAACUAUGACAAAUCGGAAAAGAGCAGAUAAUAAUGAAGCUGAUUUAAAAGAUGAGCCUUGGCGCUUGACGUCGCAAGAAGAACCGUUACUGCGAACCGCUCAUCGGUGCGUAAGACAUAUAGCGAAUAUGGAGUGGGCAGGCGCUUGUCUGUUUUAUGCUCUUCAAGGUUGUGCUAGAGGAGCUGAUCAAGUGGCAGCUGCACAGCUUUGUUAUCAAUUUUCACAACGUUGGGCAACUCUUCAACCCGGCAAUCGUGCUGUUCGACAAAUGGAAAAACUUCACUCUUCAUUAUCAACCCGUCACGUUUUACACAAGAUUGAAUGGGCGUGCGAAGAACUUAUUCGGCUCUCAACAGAGCCUGUACAGUUGAUUAACGCCUUGUAUCUUCACCCGAAAUUUGUCGAAAAAAUUACACGCCACGAUAUUAACCGGGCAGCCAAUGAAAUUGCUGAUAAAAAUAAUAUUAAUAUCAGUUCUAUAAGAAUACAACUACUAGAAAGCAUACUUGACAAAACAUACAAAGAAAACAAUGUCUCACCCGGGUUGGAUCCGAAAGACUUGAUUACCGCAAAAUAUAUUCUAAAGGCCACGUGUCCCAAAAUGGGAGCGUUUUAUCUAUCUAGAAUAGCAUUUGAUGAUGAAAGUGAUUAUAACAAACGUAAGAAAUUGAGGGCUUUACAGUGUUUAAUGAGCGCUGUUGAACCGGAGACAGCGGUUAAAGUAGCACGUCGAGAACGUAAUGUACUUUGGAAAUCUUUAAUAGAACUGUUUUAUAUUGUUCAUCUUGAACGAAUUGACGUGCCAUGGAUCAUUGCUACAUUUUUGCAGGAUAAAACAUUAGCGCUAAAUCAACUAUUGCAAGUUUCUGGUAACAAUAUUGAGAGCUUGAAGAUUGCAGCUGAACUAGCUAAUAAGUUUGGUGAUAGCCAAAUUAUUCGAGAACUUAUUCCUGUUUUAAUGAGGGCUUCUCUGUUUGAAGAAAUGAUACCAUUGCUACUUAAAGUUCAAAAUCCACCAGACAAUAUGAUCUAUUCUGCUUGGAGAGCUAUUAUGCUAUCACCGUUCCAACGUGCUGAUUACCCAAUCACUGAUCGUCAAAAAGCUAAAUGUCUAAAUGCAUUGAAUUUAUUGCCGGUAUGUCCUGUAAUCAAAGAUAAAGACCUAAUAGAAAUUUGGAAAAAUUGUAUAAGAUGUAAAUGUUUGGGCUUAGGUUGCUUAUUACUACCGUACAUGACGGCACAAGCUAGGCAGUCGUUGACUGAACUAAAGACAAUUGAUAAAAGAACACUUGUAAUAAAUUUAAAGAAUUUACACAACGAAACCUAUCUUGUGUCUGGAGCUAUGUUCGUCUUAGAAAAUUUAACUCCAAAACUAUCACGUUAA